ACCAAGAACCCUAAAAUUGGGGUGGCCACGUGUUCGUUUUUCUUGCGCUAUGGCAGCUCUUCCUUGGCAUAUCAGGGCAAGCUCCACAUUUCCAGUAAUUCCAGCGAUUGGAGCGCGAGGAGCGAUCUCUCUAACGCCAUCGCGGGCCUCGACUCUCCGCAACCGCAAGUUCUUGGCUAUGGCGGCAGCUCAGGGCGACAGGCCAAAUCCCUGGCGCUUCAUCAGGUGGAGAAGAGCGAAUGACGAACAAGUCAUGUCUAAGCAAGGAGACAAGAAGAAAGGAAACUUUGGAUACAAAGUGAUCCCUGGAGAAACGCUGCAUGACAUUGCUGCCAAGUUUAAAACUCGAGUUGAGAUCCUCAUGGAAGCAAAUGACAUUCUUAAUCCCCAAAACAUUGCAGCUGGUGAGCACCUCUGGAUUCCUAAAACAUACGAAAUUGUCACGGGCGAUACUCUCUAUUCGCUGUCGCGGAAGUUUGGAACCAAGGUUUCAGCAAUUCAAGCUGCAAAUGGCAUCGAUGAUCCAGAGUUGAUCUACAUAGGUGACGUGAUUAUAGUUCCAGAGGAAGAAGAAAAUGAGAACGAGUGAAGGUUACUCAAUCUCAAUUCGCAAGAAAACGAUACUUUUGGAAGAUCCAUCGCCAGAAAUCUAAGGCAGGGAAGAAAAUCACACGCAUGGACACUAUAGCAUAUGCUAUCAUUGCAAUUGAUAGAUAAAAUAAAUGACAUGGUCUCAACACCAAUUGUGCUAUCACAGUCACCAUAUACUCGGAAAUAUUGAUAUUCUUUCCCUAUUAGGAAGCUCUCGUGACCUAGAGCUCGCACAGCACGGCAAUGGCUUCUCAUCCUGUCCAGCCCAUGGCUCCACGGCACCAGGCCGGCGCUCGCAAGGCCGGCGAUUUCGGCCGAUCCAAGUCGUGCCCUCCCCACAGCGACGAUCGCAAGAUGAGCGUCAAGCAGGAGCAGAUCUAUCGCCAGAUGGUGGACGAGCGCGUCGCCGAAAAGCUGGGGAAGCUCCACGAUUCCGUCUUCGCGGCUCGCCAGGCUAGGAGGCUCAAGAGGCAGCAGAGCUCCACCGCCUUGCUCGUGCAGUCGAUCCAGGAGGCCAUCAAGGAAUCGUCGUGAGCGCGCUCGCUAGCGCCAAGAUCGCGACUUAUAUGUACCUAAAUCUCGAGUUUCAAGUAAGAAAAUCGUCGAUUUUCACGCU